AUGCGUAAUAGAAGUGGGAGGAAAGAAACUAAGAUAGAGCCAUAUUCCAUCCUAAUGCAGAAGAACAAAUCAAGAGAAAAAACGAAAGCGAUAAGUCCGAGCUGUACACCUGUGUAUCUCAACGUAUACGACCUAACGCCCACAAAUGGUUAUUUUUACUGGGCAGGCCUUGGUAUCUUUCAUUCUGGUGUCGAAGUUCAUGGUGUGGAGUAUGCAUUUGGAGCUCAUGACUACCCAACCAGUGGUGUUUUCGAGGUUGAGCCACGACAGUGCCCGGGAUUCAAGUUUAAGAAAUCGAUAUUCAUUGGAACCACAUCAUUGGACCCUGCACAGGUAAGGGAUUUCAUAGAGCACUACUCGGAAAGGUACAAUGGAGAUACAUAUCACUUGAUUGUCAAGAACUGCAACCAUUUCUGUGCUGAUAUUUGUAAGCAGCUGACAGGUAAACAAAUUCCUAAAUGGGUAAAUCGACUGGCAAGAAUAGGUUCAAUGUUCAACUGCAUUCUUCCUGAAGGCCUUAGAUCUGCAGUUGUAAAACACGAUCCGAAUUACGAACCGCAAGAUAGUGAGAAGAAGAGACUGAGAUUUUCCUUUAGUUGCCUGGCUUUUGUGUCGAGGCAGCGGAAAUCUUUACAACUUCAAUCGCCCUCAAGAAAAUGCCUACUAGCAUCAUUGGAAUCGAAAAAAUAGAUGGAACAAUGAUUUUUGUGGAAAGGAAAGUUAAGAAUUGGGGUUUUUUCUUUGGCAUUUUGAGGGCAUCCCUACCAAGCUCCAGAAAAAAGGCUUUUGAUGGUUGAAGAUUUGUUUUGGUGUUGUGUUGUUUCUUUAGGAUGUUGUCAUGUUUGUAACACAACACUAAUGUGCUGAAAAUUUGUUAUUUUGAGAUGUUGAUUUAUUUAUUUCUCUGAGACAGUCUAAUGAAUGUAAGUGUCUAAAUUAAUAAUAAUUUUUUAAUUUUUUU